GCUUGCGUCAAUGUGACGUAAGCGCUUUCAUUUUCCAGCAACAAACGCCAGGAACGGAUGCUUUGUUGACAAUGGAGCAACUUAUAUCGAAGUCGUCUCCGUAUUUUUAUCCCUUGUCACUGGGAUUUACUGCUUUAGUUCUUGUCCUUUCAGUCAUGUUUACAUAUAAAAGAUUUCUGCAAAACAAUCAACGCCCACAGGCUCUGAAUGAAAAGAAGAAAAAGGAUGAGAAAUGUACACACGCUCAACAGAAAACACACACUGACCAAUCUCAAACUGAAGAUGCCCCCGAGGAAGUUGGAGAUGGUGAUGCCCCUCUGCUUUCUUCAAACCUUCAACCAGAGAUAGACCCCCUGACUUACUGUGAACACAUACAGAGUGAAGUAAAAAAGGCCAAACAGAGGGUGACUGCAAAGAAGUUCAACAAAGAUCUCACGGAGGAACAGAUCGAGGAAGAGAGAGAGGUUCAGAGGAAACAACUCCAGUCCAUAUUCGAGUUGAUGCAGACCGAAAGUGACAGAUUUGGCAUCAGCAGUCUGGAAGAUGUUCAAAGUCAGAUGAAGCUUUAUGCAUAAUUACUGUCUCUUGAUCAAUUUUGAUCACCAUAUUUCCCCAAAUUUAAUGCAUAUUUUUUGUUCUCCAAAUAGUUUGCAUUUCAGAAUGCUCCACUAAAUGAGCAUUAUUAUGAACAAGAGAAUUAAUUCUUCUGUUACCUGUAAUUUUGUUUAGAGAUACAGUUUUUGGUACAUGCUAUAUUUCAAAAUGUCCAUAAAUGGUACCUAUACAUUAUUAAAAAAAAGAGAUCUUUUUUAAAAAAAGAAGUGCAUUUUUAUCACAUUCCUUCAUUGGUAAUUCCUAUUUCAUUUUUUUAAAACUGAUUUUGUCAUACAGAUCUUUAUUGUAAAUACUUCAUAAUUAAGUUAUUGUUGUAUGUCAUUAAGUGUUGUUCCUUUGUUUUUGAUAUUGUAAUUUUUCUCUAUUGGAAACAUUAUGUUAAUGAUUUCUUACAUUCUCAAUGUAAAAUAGUUUGUUUUUUUUUUGACGGUAUACAUUUGUAAUUGUAAAAAACAUUAUUAUGGUUUAAUUAAAAUUUCAAUUUUCAAAACUCCUUUUGAUUUAAAAAAAAAACUGAUGAUCUUUGUUUUAAUAAAUCUUUUUUUUUUUUUUAAUUGAUCACAUUUUCUAAGAAAAUAAGUUUUCUUAAGGAAUUAAAAAAAAAUUGAUUAUCUUUUUAAUUAGUUUUCAGUCAGCAGCAAGUAAUUUAAAGCCACAAAAAGUUUGUUCAUUUGUGAUUUUUAUGUAAUAAAUGCACACACCACAAUGACUAAUAAAUCAAUGCAGAUAGGAGAAGAAGUAUUGGAAUUGUAUUUUACCUUGUAGUCAGUGGUACUUGGAAAUCUUUAAUCUUGUAAUUUUUUCUCAAAUUUGAUUUUAGUGGGAAAAGAAUAAUGCCUACAUGCACAUAAAUUUUUUUUUAAGAAUAGCCACAAGAUAAUGUUUACAAAACUGAUUAUGUUAUAUUUCCGUCCUAGUUUUUUAUAGCUCAAUGUUGAUGUUAUGUUUCAAUAUUUUGACUGAGUUAUUUGAAUAAAUGUUUAUAUUGUU